AUGGCAGGAACAUGUAUUUCUACCAUCAAAGUGUUGGGGUUGGGAUCGCUUGGUUUGUUGACCACUUCGAUCAUUUACCAGUCGAUUCAAAAUAUCCCUCAGUUGAUUAACCAAAUCAACUCAAUCUACCAGUUUAAUUUAUCGCAGUUGAACCAUCAGAUUUACAAAACAAAGACUUUUAUAUUGGGCUCGCGUAUCGUUAACGGUUUGUUGACUGGGUUAAGUACCGUUUUGUUUUCGUUGGCUUUCAAGUACAGUUCAGCCGAUGAAAAACAUCCAUAUUUAAUCUACGCUGCUAUUGGUGCUCCAUUGAGUUUGCUUGGUUUAUACUACAAUGCGUGGUUUGCUGAGGAUAAGAUUUUGAGCAAAGACGGAAAUGGCUCAUUUUUGAAGCAACAAAAGAAGAAACAUACGAAGUUUGCCUCUUCAACUACAACCGUUACAAAUCCAAGUUCGGUUGCCACUCCGGAUAUCGAUUAUGAAGAAGGAGAGGUCCAGGAUGACGAGGAAGAUGAUGAAUCGGCUGAAGUCAUUUCGAAAGUCAACACUGCUGACGAAUUGGGUAGAUCUUAUGUUCACCUUUCCGAUGAAUCGGGUAUAUCUACUCCAACGUCAACUCAACCCCCAUCUCCUACUUUAAAACACCAAGAAGAAGAGGAAGCACACGGGGAAACCUCACAACAGCCACAAGAAGCCAAGCCAGAAGACGAAAAUGAAGUGGAUACUGAAAUCGAAACCACUUUACUCAAGAAGGAAGUUGUCCAAGACUUGCAACAUAUCCAACUGGGCUACACCGUUGCGUCUUAUGUUUCUGGCAUAAGUUUGACAUUAGCGGUGGUUGGGUUGUUUGGAGAUUUUUAUUUCGUAUAA